GGAAUUGUGGGAGUGCUCGUUCCGCCAUCAUUGAGUCUGGCGCACAGCAGGCUGGAAGGCGGUACAGCGAGCCUGGGGAAGAUGCUGGUGGCUGCGGCCGCGGACAGGAACAAGGAGCCGAUCCUCGGCGUCCUGCGGCAGUACAUAAGCCCGACGGCUCCCGAGGUGCGUGCGUUGGAGGUGGCCUCCGGCACCGGGCAACACGCCGCCCACUUCGCCCGGGCUCUUCCCAAUGUGCGCUGGCUGCCGUCCGAGCUGGACCGGCGCUGUUUGCGGAGUAUCUCUGAAUAUAUCCAGAAAGGGUCUCUUGUAAACAUGGAGCAGCCCCGUACACUGGACGCCUCUCAGAGCUGGAAGACCUGGGGCCUGGUUCCUUCCUCGCUGCAAAUGGUUGUCUGCAUCAACAUGAUACAUAUCUCUGAGCCCAGCUGUACCCAGGGUCUGUUUAAUGGUGCUGGGCAGGUUCUACAGCGAGGCGGCGUGCUCCUCACCUAUGGGCCAUACUCUGUAAAUGGCAUCCUGACUCCCCAGAGUAAUAUUGAUUUUCACCAGAGUUUGAAAAACAGUAAUCCUGAUUGGGGAAUCUGGGACACCUCACAAUUGCAGGAGCUGGCAACAACCUGCGGGCUGACACUGGAGACCAUGGUGGACAUGCCAGCAAAUAACAAGUGUUUGAUCUUCCGGAAGAUAUGACCUGGGGUUACCUGUGUGAAAGGAGCCUGUAACCUGAGACUUCUCACAGACGCAGAAAGCCUUGCACACCCUUCAUGAGGUUGUUUCUUGUAUACACGCAGUUGUGGGUAUCCACAUGCCUAGGUAUUUUGUAUGUGCAGUAUAUAGAAAAAAACAUAAGUCACACAUGCACUGUAGGUCAAAUAUAGGUCACAUUUACAUUCUGAUGCCUCUAGGCAAGAUUCUCCAGGACCCAGACCUCAGUUAUGCUGGUAACUGGUAUAAGACAAUCUGCAGCACUGAUUAAAUAAUACAUUUACAUAUACUUGUAAUUGGUAGCUUCAUUUAACUAGUUAUAGCUUAGCAUGGGAAGCAGUGGGUGGUGUUGCUUUACCAUGGCUGUGGUGCUUUUGUUAUGUAGGUGCUUGUAUGGACAAGCGUUAAUUAUUUUUAUUAAAUCUGGGCACAUUAACUAUAUGUGAUGCUUACAGCAAGCGCAGUUACCUGACAGGCGUGCCAGCAGGAAACUGCAACUCCCAUCAUGCAUUGCUAGUCAGCCAUAAUCAUUACACUCCUCCCACCACCUGCAGACAAUCUGAAUUCAGCCUAUCAGGUCACUGGGAAUCCACUGAUUUCUGAUAAAUGGAUAGGCUACAUUCUCCUUAAUACUCAUUCAGUCUACAGCCAGUUACUUAAUACUCAUUUACAGCCAUUGUUACUAUGCAUACAGCUUUAGUGCCAUGUGAGUGUCACGACAGGUCAAUGCUUCUGCUGUAAAGGAGUUAUCAUUGUUUUCCUUUAAUAUACAUAAUUAUUAUUGCUAUUCAUUCCCCCACUAGUGUGCCUGUUUUUCUGUCUUGUUGUCAGGUGCAGGCACAAUCCCACUUUGUAGUCUUUGGAAACUCUUCCGCAUAAAUUCAGUCUGAGACUACGCUGGCAUGUUGGCAGAGUUUCACGGAAUGGUAAAACAUCCAUCAAAGUCCAACCUACUUCACUAUAUGACCAUUACAUUAACAUACUGCUCGGUUUAGUCUUACUUAUGGCUUAAAUGAGUCAGGACUCGGGAAAUGGGAACUCUUUAUGAAAUGUGCCGCUUAUGUGUGUUUCAAAGUUAUUUUGUUAUUACAUUGGUAAAAUGAUGCAAAUAAGUGCAACUGGAAGGUGCCAAAUGCAUCUGCAUAAAAAUACGCAUACAAUGUUGUCUGCAAAACUGCGCUGAUUAUUUUCAGCUGUUUGUAUCUUCCGAGGAUAAUGUGUAAAAUUGUGGCUGCAUAAACACACCAGGGAGAGCCAGCCCUGUUCUGAUAGCGCUAAGGCUUUUCCCAACAUCACUGGGUGUUGGGGUAAUAGUGUAAGUGUUCUGAAACGUCUGAUUAAAGACAGAAACUUGCUAAA